AUGCAAUCAUUUAAUUUCGCUUCAUUAUUUUUGAAAAGAACAUUGCGUUCAUUGCAACGAAUCUCUUCACCAUGUCGUUUUCAACAUGCACAAAAUCAGCCACCGUUAGUUGUCGAACGAGCUCUUCGUUCGAUUAAAAUGGAUGCAUUUGAAACAUCAUUAGUUCGAAAUUUUUGUAUCAUUGCUCAUGUUGAUCAUGGAAAAUCCACACUCGCUGAUCGAUUAUUAGAAUUAACAGGUACAAUUCCAAAAUCGAAAGAAAAUCGUCAAGUACUCGAUAAACUUGAUGUUGAAAGAGAACGUGGUAUAACUGUAAAAGCAGCAGCAGUUUCAAUGUUUUAUUCAUAUAAAAAUCAAACAUACUUACUUAAUUUAAUUGAUACACCUGGACAUGUUGAUUUUUCAACUGAAGUUGCACGUUCAUUAUCAGCAUGUCAAUCCGCUAUACUUCUUGUUGAUGCAGCACAAGGAAUUCAAGCACAAACAGUUGCUAAUUUUUUACUUGCUUGUGAUUCAUUUAUGGAAGUUAUUGCUGUUAUUAAUAAAAUUGAUUUAAAAGAAGCUAAAGUUGAAAAAACUAUAGCUCAAAUUGAAUCAGAAUUUGGAUUAUCAUCUAAAAAUAUUAUUCAAAUAUCUGCUAAACAUGGAACUAAUUGUGGAACAAUAUUAGAACAAAUUGUUGAACAACUUCCACCACCUAAUUAUUCUCGUACAGGUCUACUUCGAUUGUUUGUAUUUGAUUCAGUUUUUUCACCAAGUAUUAAUACAACAGUCAUUAAUGUUGCUGUUACGGAUGGAAUUGUUCGAUCAGGAGAUAAAGUUGCAAGUAAAUUAUCCGGAAAAAAUUAUACUGUACUUGAAACAGGAAUAUUUAUGUAUCCUGAUCGGGUCAAAACUGAUGCGUUAUAUGCUGGUCAUGUUGGAUAUAUUAUUUGUGAUACAAAACAUAUUCAAGAUACAAUUGUUGGAGAUACAUUUUAUCAUCAAGGUGUUAAUGUUGAGCCAUUACAAACAUUUAAAGUACCUAAAGCAAUGGUGUUUGCUGGAUUUUUUCCAUUUGAUGAAGCACAAUAUAACAGUUUUGAACAAUCUAUUGAACGUUUAGCAUUGAAUGAUACUGGUGUACGAAUAUUAUCGACAUCAAAUCCAGCAUUUGGUAAAGGCAUGCGAAUUGGAUUUUUAGGUUUACUUCAUAUGGAAAUCUUUAAUCAACGUUUACAAUCUGAAUUUUCACAACAAGUUAUAACUACAUUUCCUGGCGUUGCUUAUCAAUGUCGUAUUGUUGGAAAAGAUAAUAUUAAAGAUUAUGGUUCAGAAAUUUUAACUAUAUCAGAUCCACUUAAAUGGCCUGAUACAAAUAUAAUACGUGAAACAUUUGAACCUAUUGUUGAUGGUCAAAUUCUUACACCAACACAAUUUGCACCAAUAAUUAAAUUAAUUUGUGAUGAACGACGAGGAAAUUUAAUUGAAGAAUAUUGUAUAGAUGAAAAACGAACAUUAUUAAAAUAUAAAUUACCUUUAGCUGAAAUAGUUUAUGAUUUUUUUGAUCAACUUAAACAAGUUACAUCUGGUUAUGGUACAUUUGAUUAUGAAGAUAGUGGUUAUGAAAAAUCGAAUAUAGUUAAAAUGCGUUUUUGUAUUAAUAACGAAGAUAUUGAUGAAUUAUCCGUAUUAUGUCAUGCUAAACGUGCACAAGUUAUUGGAAAAGAAAUUGUUAUUAAACUUAAAGAAAAUAUUGAACGACAACAAUAUGCUAUUAAAAUCGAAGCAAAAGUACAUUCAACUGUACUUGCAAGACAAAGUAUUCCAGCAUAUAAAAAAGAUGUUGGAGCUAAAUUAUAUGGUGGUGAUAAAACACGUUUAAUGAAAUUAUUAAAACGACAGGAAGAAGGCAAAGAACGAAUGAGAUCAAUUGCUAAUAUACAAGUACCACGUGAUGCUAUUAUUGCAGUAUUAAAAAGAAAAUAG